CAUCGCCUGUGGGUGUACUCGGGCCGCAGGGGCGUCCACUGCUGGGUGUGCGAUGACGCGGUGCGGAAGUGGUCCCCGGUGCUGCGGGCAGCCGCCGUGGAGUACCUGACCCUGGUGAAGGGUGGGGCAGAGACCGUGAAGAAGGUGAACCUCUCCGAUCCCAUCCACCCCUUCAUCAGGCGCUCGGUCGGCGUGGUGGAGAAGUACUUUGAGGCGUACGCGCUGGUGGGCCAGGACAUCCUGGGCAGCCCGGAGAGCUGGGAGAAGGUGCUGGCCCUCGUCCCGGAGGAGCACCGCGAGCCGCUGCAGGGCGAGUUCCCCAGGAAGCGGGACUCGGUGCAGCGCUGGGAGCUGCUGAAGGGCAGGAUGGAGCGGACGCGGCGGACGGCGGGGACCGGCAGGAAUGGGAACACGUCGUGCUACGCGGACUGGGAGAUCAUGCUGCAGUACUGCUUCCCCCGCCUCGACAUCAACGUCAGCAAAGGCCUAGGGCACCUCCUGAAGAGCCCCUUCAGCGUCCACCCCAAAACAGGUCGCGUUUCGGUGCCGCUGGAUCUGCAGAGGCUGGACCAGUUCGAUCCGUUCGCUGUCCCCACCAUCAGCUCCCUGUGCCAGGAGCUGGACGCGGCCAGCGAUGACGGGGAGCAGGAUGAUGGCGGGGAGACGGAGCCAAAGCGCCGUGCGCGGGACUACAAGAAGACGAGCCUGGCGCCCUACGUGCGGGUCUUUGAGCAGUUCGUGGAGGAGAUGGAGCGUGCCCGGAGGGGAGAGCUGCUCCGGCAAAGCGACCUCCAAGGAGACUUCUGA